UUAAUUUUACUGCUGCUGCCGGUACACGCCUAGCCGAGGCUAACUAACUCCUCUUUCAUUGUCACAACAAAUUCUCAAUAAACAAAAUCCCAGUCACAUUUCUUCAAGAAAUUUCACUAAUCACUCAUUGCAAAGAGAUCACAUUAAUUUUAUCCCAAAAUCUAUCCAAAUCUCUCUAUUAUAGAGCUCAUUAGCUUAUGGAAGCUCUACCGAUCUAUCUUUAGGGCUUAAUUUAUUAUUAACUAAUGGCUUCGUGGCUCAAAGCUGCAGAAGACUUAUUUGAAGUGGUGGAUCGAAGGGCGAAGUUGGUUGUGAGUGAAUUGGCAGAUGAGCAUUCUGAUUCUCAAUCACCAGCUUCUAAUGGACAAGGAUCUCAACCCAAGACAGCAAGGGGAAAGAAAAAGGCUCAGAAGAGGCUUUCCAAGAUUGAAUCCGAUAAAGCAAGUAGUGCUAAAGCGGAGUUUAUUACUACACAAACUUCACAAUUAGAAAUGGAAUCUGAAGAUAGGGCUGCGCUUUCAGUCGAACAUGAUACUGCUCCCACUAGCAAGUCAAUACUCCAUGUAGUUGCUGAGCAGCAGCAGGAUAUUGACAAAGAUGCCUCCAGCAUUAAAUCACCAGAAAGACUAGCCAACGAAGUUGUUAAACAUGAUACUGAUAAUGUGGAAGUUCCUGUCGCUGCUGCUGAUGCAGAUGCCAAAACAUCAACUUCAAAUGGUGAGAUUCUGAAUGAGAAGGCUCCUGAUGGCUUUCUCGAACAUCCUCCUUCACCAUUACCUGCCAAAGAAAUAGAGGUUCUCAAUGAAGACCAUCAAGACCAUCCAAUUGAUGCUGGGGUAAAUAUCAAGCUAAGCGAUGCUGAAGUUCCUUUAGAAACUGAUCAAGAGAGAUCUCAAUCAGCAAAUAUUGAUACUCCCAUAAAUGAUGAAAUUGUACUAAAAGAUGCUGAUCUUAAGGCUAACCCUGUUGUAAAUCAACAGGAUCAUCAUCAGCAGAAAGCUGAUAAUUCACCUAAGAAGAUACAGGACCAACUCGAGGAGGCUCAAGGACUGCUUAAGACUGCAAUUUCCACUGGUCAGUCAAAAGAGGCAAGGCUAGCACGGGUUUGUGCUGGACUUUCAACCCGCCUUCAAGAAUACAAAUCUGAAAAUGCACAGCUGGAGGAACUUCUCAUCGCAGAGAGGGAGCUGAGUAAAUCACUCGAGACUCGCAUUAAGCAGCUACAGCAAGAUUUGUCCAGAUCUAAAAGUGAAGUGACAAGAGUAGAGUCAAAUAUGGGAGAGGCUUUGGCUGCAAAAAAUUCUGAAAUUGAGGCCCUUGUCAAUUCUAUAGAUGUGCUCAAGAAACAGGCUGCUUUGUCUGAAGGAAAUCUGGCUUCACUGCAGGCAAACAUGGAGUCUAUCAUGAGAAACAGAGAACUGACUGAGACGAGGAUGAUGCAGGCACUUAGGGAGGAGCUGUCUUCCGCUGAACGGAGAGCAGAAGAAGAACGUGCAGCACAUAAUGCUACCAAAAUGGCAGCCAUGGAAAGGGAGGUGGAAUUGGAACAUAGAGCUGUUGAGGCAUCCACUGCCCUUGCUAGGAUCCAGAGAAUUGCAGAUGAGAGGACAGCAAAGGCAGCAGAACUUGAGCAGAAGGUGGCACUGCUUGAGGUUGAAUGUGCAUCGUUAAAUCAAGAGCUGCAAGAUAUGGAAACCCGUGUUCGUCGUGGACAAAAGAAAUCCCCAGAAGAGGCAAAUCAAGUGAUUCAGAUGCAGGCAUGGCAGGAAGAAGUGGAACGCGCACGUCAAGGUCAGAGAGAUGCAGAAAAUAAGCUUUCUUCUACAGAGGCUGAACUGCAAAAGAUGAGAGUUGAAAUGGCUGCCAUGAAGAGGGAUGCUGAGCAUUACUCACGUCAGGAGCAUAUGGAGCUGGAGAAGCGCUAUCGUGAGCUAACUGAUCUAUUGUACUACAAGCAAACACAGUUAGAAGCCAUGGCAAGUGAAAAAGCAGCAGCAGAGUUUCAGUUGGAGAAGGAGGUAAAGCGGAUUCAAGAAGCACAGAUUGAGGCAGAAAGAAGUAGAGUUUCUCGUCGUGCAUCUUCAUCAUCUUGGGAGGAAGACUCUGAAAUGAAGGCACUUGAGCCUCUCCCCUUGCAUCACCGUCAUAUGGCAGCAGCAAGCAUGCAGUUGCAGAAGGCAGCAAAGCUAUUGGAUUCUGGAGCCGCCAGAGCCACCAGAUUCUUAUGGCGAUAUCCAACAGCUCGACUUAUCUUGCUUUUCUAUCUGGUGUUUGUACACUUAUUCUUGAUGUAUUUAUUGCAUCGUCUUCAGGAACAAGCGGACGAUCUUUCUGCGAGGGAAGUUGCUCAGUCUAUGGGUCUGGCGACCCCUACUUUACCAUGAUUGGAAGAAGUUGCUCCUAAAAAAUCUAAUGCCAUAUUCUUGUAUUUGCAAAGGUAUGUCUAUGUUCUAAAAGCAAAUCACAUGACGAAACACCUAAUUGAAGUAAAGAUUGUCAUUGCUAUUUGCUGCUUAUGCGUACAUUCCAGCCCAUAGAAACUGCUGCAAGUUAGAAGCAGCAGCCAGCAUAUUACUCCAUCUGAAGUGGGAAUAAGGAGCCCACCAUAUUGUUGAUGUUGCUCUAUUGGAGUAUUCUUUUAUUUGUAAACGGGCGGCGCUAACGACCGCUUAGAUUGAGCAAUUCUCAUUCUCAAAAAAGAAGAAGAGAAGAUUGAGCAGUUCCCUGUGGAGUGAAUAGGAAAUUACUGAUACUUUAACUUGCGAUUUGUAAGAAAUUUGUAAAUUUUGAGAGGUAUAAGUGCUGUGGUUAUUAGUCUUC